AUGUUUAGUAAUCAAAUUAAACUUACUGGUUUUAUUCUUAGUUUAAUAACAGUUAUUCAUAGUACAUUUACAUGUUUUAUUUCAAUUGUUAUUAUUUUUAUUAUUAUUUAUGAAUUAUGUUAUAAAAAUUUGAAACGUGAAGAAAGAACAACACUUUUUCUUUGUGUUAAUAUUUAUCUAUUUCUCUUAAUCUAUAUGAUGAUAUUAUCAUUAAUGAAUAUUCAAACAAUAUUAGGAGAUUUAUAUGAAAGAGAUUUUAAUUCAACAUUAUGUAUAUUCAUCGGAUAUUUAUCUCCUGUUAUUCUUUGUGUUUUAUAUCAUUCUUUUGUCAAUCAAGCUUUCUUUCGUCUAUGUCGGAUAGUAUAUUUUCGAUAUCGAUGGCUUCAAUUACAUUGGUGGUAUAUAAUUAUACCUCUUCUACAAUUAAUUUUAGCUUUUGCUCUUCUUUCUCCUCUUCUUGUUUGGCAUGAUAUUAUUUAUUUAUUAGACGAACAUUAUUGUUAUGCAGCAUUUAUGAAUUUUCGUGGUAUAUUAUGGACUGCAUUUAUUUCUUAUGUCAUACCUGCAUCAAUUGUAUUUAUAAUAUAUAUUCGUAUUACAAUAUUUAUUCGACAACAACCACAUAAUCAAACACAAGCAAUACAAAGAAGACAAGCUCGAGAUUUACUUGUUAUUCGACGUAUACUCAUUACUGUUGGUCUAUUAAUUACUCUUGGAUUUCCAAGUGUUGUUCUUGUUAUAAUGGGUGCUAUAACUGGUGAAGAAUAUGUAUUAAGUUUUCGUAUAACAUGGAUUUCACUUAGCAUAUCUAUGACUGGAUUAAGUAUAGCAAUGGUACUUUUUAUUCCGCAAUUGAAGAGUAUUGUCUGGAAAAAGUUUCAAAGAAAUCGAAUUACACCUGGUACUAUUAAUUUAGAAAUUUCAAUUCAAGUCAGACCAGAUAUUAGAAAUCGUUGA